AGUUAGAAGUUAACCUUUAGGCAGGGCAAACAUGCAGUUCGGUGUCUUGGGAAGUGGCAUUAUUGGUUUAACCACAGCAUUGGAGCUGCAACAAGAGUUUCCAACUGCAAAGGUUUCCAUUAUCGCCGACCGCUUCAAUGAUGAUACCGUUAGCUAUGUGGCCGCUGGAAUCUUUCGACCUGGCACCAGUUUCAUGGGUCCCACACAGGAAAUUACGCAGCAGUGGAUGAGGGAUGCAUUCAAUUACUGGGAUGAUCUGCGUCGCUCCAAGGAAUCGGCAUUGGCUGGCGUGUGUCAACUAUCCGGCUAUAUAUUCUCACGCACCACGCCCUCCAUAGUGCGGAAUCACUUCAUAGAGCAGUUGCUGCCCGUUUAUCGUCGUGCCACGGAGGAUGAGCUGAAGUUGUGUCAUGGUGGCUGGAAGUAUGGCUCCUUCUUUACCACAUGCCUCACAGAGAGUCGCCUGUUUCUGCCCUAUGCCACCAAGAAAUUCCUGGAGAAUGGAGGUCAAGUGGAGCAUCAGCAUGUGAGCAGCUUCUUUGACGUGCCUCAGAACUUCGAUGUGCUGCUCAACUGCACGGGAAUGGGCGCCAAGGAGCUGUGCAAUGAUCAGCACUUGGUCCCAAUUCGUGGGCAGGUGUUGAAGGUGCGUGCACCUUGGAUUAAGACUGCCUUCUACGGCGACCUGGAUACGUAUGUGUUGCCCGGAUUCGAGACUGUCACGAUGGGUGGUUGCAGGCAGUACGACAGCUACAAUACCGAGUGGUGCAAGUACGAUAGCAUGGCCAUCAAGGAACGCUGCUAUGAUCUCUUGCCCAGUCUUAAGAAAGCGGAAAUUGUACGGGAAUGCGUGGGUCUGCGUCCGCAUCGUUCGGUGGUGCGUGUGGAGCCGGAGUUGAUUAUAAACCCACAAGGACGUCGCCUGAAAGUGGUGCACAACUAUGGACACGGUGGAUAUGGCGUUACCACAGCGCCUGGCACCGCCAAAUACGCUGUUAAAGUGGUGCGUGAUAUGCUUGCUGGCAAUAGUAAAUUGUAGUGUAAUUUUGACAUUGCCAUUGUUUUCAUUGAUUUGUUAAUCUAUUAUUAAUUAAACUGUUUAUAUGUGCAAUCUGUUUUA